CAGGUAUAUCUGGAAGGGGUUGAGAAAGGAGCUAUGAAGAUGAAAAUACGUGUAAAAAUCAUGGACCAGACCGAUCAUCCGUUUGAAGUGGAUGACCAAACAUUGCUAUCGGAGUUUCGCCUUCAAGUGGCUGAGCGGCUAAGUAUACCACCGGAGCGGCAACGCAUGAUAUUUGCCGGUCAUGUGCUCAAGACCGAGACCAGCACACUAUCAGCUUGCGGUUUGAGAGAUGGUCACGUUGUUCACCUCGUGGAACGCCCGGCUGACAUGCCUUUCCCUCCCAACGAUGGUGACUCAAGCUCCGCUCAUGAUAACGCGCAACCACACCAUCAUCACCACCGACCCCUUCGAUUUCUUCAGAACAUGUUUGGUCAGCAAACGAAUGAGCGGGAACGUGUGACAUACGUGAUACCUUUUGAACGAAGUGGUAUUCUCGAAGAAAAUUCUCGAAUAGAGGGACUCGUUCGAACCGCCAUAGAGAGAAUACCUUAUUUGACAAGUGAACAGCGAAGCAGAUUCAACAUACAUUGGGAUUCUGAUAAUACAUUGCACAUAGCGCUUCCCGCUCAAAGAAAUCCUCAUAUUGCCUCCCCUGCGUUAGAACGAGUGGCACAGAUCGAGGCUUACCUUGAACAGAUUGCACACUUCCAUAGGGUCACUGAGACUCCAGCUGGUAUAGGCGACAGAAUAGACGAGUUUCUUGAGGGAACUCAUACUUACGAUCAGAACAACACCGCGGUCAUGAACGACGAGUUACGUAGCAUUGCAGUUGCUCUGGAACGCGAGGUACUCAGUCGAUCGCGAUUAAUUGAUGCCUUUGGCAGCGAAGAAGUGGGUGACGAGGAGACGGAUGAGCACGAAGCUCGUUUCCAGCGGUUCGAAGAGACAGAAAAUAGUCCCGGAUUUAUCAUGAGGCAUGCUAUCGCUCCGGACUUUGUGGAUUUAUUGCGACGACUGCAAAGCGAACAUGAAGCUUUGCGACCACAUCUUAUACGUCUUGAGAGAAUCUUAAGCUCACGAAUAUUGUACAAUAUAGACGACGCUGAGCAUUCUGAUACGGAUUAUCGCGCCAACUUUUUCACUGUAUACAUGGAACAUCUACAACGAGUCAUACAUCGUUUCUCUCAUGCUUGGCAUCUUGCCAGUGAUCUCGGCGUAUAUCUGCACACCCCAUUGCCGCGGAGACUUCUUCCAAACUACCAACAAUUCCGAUUAUUGCCGCCCACUGAUGGCCAGAUUAUACUGGAAUUCCAUCCUUCGCAAGCCGAUGGCUCUAGUCAGGCUACGACGAACGAGCCGUCGUCUAGAUUUCUGGAUAUGCCACCUCCGGGCGUUGACGUAGCAGAGUUGAGUGAUCAAGAAGUUCGGAUUAUGGCGCUGAAUCCUACUGUGCGAAGAAUGCAACAGAUGGGCAUCGCCGUUCCUGUUCCCAUACCAAAUGGAGGACAUGUGCAUCCUGCAGGUGUACCACCCGGGGCUCCUCGGAUGAUUGCCCAGCGUCGACCCGUUCCCCUACAAAGAUACGGUCCCAUGCAAGUUGCUUUUCGGCAGUCGCCUGCGCAUACCCCAUCUUCAUCCUCCGUCUCGCAUAACGAGAAUGUGAUGUCUGAAACUCAUCAACAGCUCCAUGGCGGACAAACAGCUUCACCUGGCCCGCAGGACUCCACAUCUUCAUCCAGUGUUCCGCUGGUAUCCACGUUAGAAAGGGAUCUUAUAGAUGCACUUGAGCAUGGUCUUCCCUCGGCUGAAUCAGGCAAUCCUUACGAACGUAUUAUGAGGAUCCUCCUGCAAAACGCUAAUAAUCCCACUUCUGAUGUCAUCAAUGUUUUGCAUAACGCUGCGAUACAGGAUGUCUUCAGUCGUGCGCUGGGAAGUUCUGAAAGCGGAGGUGCACCUUCCACACUUGAACAUCCCCAAGAAAAUCGUUCCAUCCAGCAAGCACAGCUAGUUCCUAGUCUAGGGAACAUCGCUAGGGGUGUUAUCUCCCAGUCAGGUGCCGAAGUGCCCUUCAUGUCGGAGGUUAUCUCGAACAUUAUGAGGAAUAAUGGUAUGACCGGUGGAAUACCACCACAAGUUGAUGUGUUUGUCGAAUACGGGGAAGCCCCCCAGAAUCCGGGGAUGCCUGCAAUGCCACCGCAAAUGAUGAGCAUGCCGAUGGGUACAGCACAUACGGAAGAUGGAAGACAGCCCACUGCCAUCGGCUACCACGUAGAAGUGCACCAAUUCGAUGUUUUCGCUAAUCCGCCGGAACAGGAGUCUUCUCAGAAUACCACUAGCAAUGCUCUACCACCAAGCACUGUCGCACAGUCUGCUUCCUCCAAUGGUCCUGUCCCAUCAAGCAUCGUAAGGCCUUCCGUGCCUAAUUCUUUUGGCCAUGGUAGGAUGCGCCAAGCAGGUUCUUCUGGACAUCUUCCUUUCAUGAUGGGAAAUAUGAAUUUUCCUACUGACUUGCACGUCACUGCACCUCGUCAGGAGAUAGUGAACGUGGACCCAUUCUUGUCAUGUAAUAGCCGCUUCACCGAUGUGCAACGUGUUCUACGAAGCAGCAACCCUGGAGCUACUAUGCACUUGUCGCCAUUUCGGCGUUUCAUGCGUAGUGUGGAUCUGCCACCGAACAACACGAAUCGACGAAUUACCCCUAUCGAUGGCUAUGAACGGGUCAUGUUAGAGCUCAACGCAUCUGGUGAUGUGCUGAUGGUCAAUGAGAACAAUUUUGAAAGUUUUCUUCAGUUGACCAUCCGCUCGGCGCUGAGUCAGAUGGCUCACGCCGAUCAGGACAGGAAUUCUCAAAACGCUCGCGGAAUUUCUCCGCAUGCGUUUUCCAUCGGACAAUCAAUGCAGCUUCCUGGAGGUGGGGAACUUAUUCAAGUUUCUACUCCUCUGCUUGUCCAAGCAGAAAUUCAAGAGCACCAUCCUGAAGUGCAACAAGAGAACGCUGGGCCCAACGUUACAACCGAAACCAGUAUCGAAAAUGGUUCCGCAGAUGUCCAGAGGGAGCGCGGGGAGCAUCAUCACGAAUUUACAACCCACGAUAGAGAUGAAACGAAUAUCGUGAACGAAGUCGCAAGUGGAAUGACAGCCGGUUUGGAAACAAGGGUAUCUACUAUUAUGGAAGUGUCUCGUGCUCCUGCAGCAAUGCUCAGGCCUGGAAAUGGCGCAGGACUUCUAGCUCACCUUGAAGCCUUACUUUUGAACUUCGUAACAUUGGGGGAUCUUGCGGGUAUUGUCAAUGGACAUAUGUCUCCUUUGGAACGCCAUCGGCCUCAUUUUCGAGCACAUAUCAUAGAGAAUCAGUUGAAUGGGAACUCUAUACCCUCAGCCGAAGAUUUACUUUCCGCGUCGGAGCGCUUGGCCGUUCUCACAGCCUCAGUUUCCUCUAUUAUAUGCGCUGCUGGAGGGAUGCUAGAACGUGAUUGGAAUGGAAGACAGCUGGAUAUUCCGGAAACCGUACGAAAUGUGGAAAUUGCCACUAUCCAGCUUCUGUUACGGGCCAUUUUGGAUCGGAACAUUUCCGAUACUGUGUUCGUUCAUCGAAUACAGAACUGCUUGAGAGACUAUAUACGAUAUAUGGUUGCAUUGGGCAAUUAUUCAUUUGAGCAAGCAGAUGAAUCAGCUUACGUUCGAUUGUUGUAUGAGUUGUUGAUGAGAGGUGACAGAAAUGCGGGUAAUCCGGAUGCUAAUCUUUCACGGCUUUUGCGUCUUAGAAGCUGCGUACUUCCACGUAUUGCUGCUUUUUUAAGAGAUCAAGGACGAUUUCCAAAUCUCGACGAGCUUCCCUCUCGUCUCCUGGCUUGGUCAAAUCAUGGUGACCAUGUGAUGCCCGUUGAUGCGAGCAGCGGCGAACAUCUGUCUCGAGAUGAUGAUGUUGAUGAGCCGAUAGCGUCAACUUCUCGUGGUUUCUCCCAGAUGUCCACUAAUGCGCAACUUCCUUCUUCAGGAAGAGAUCCAUUGAGUGGCACCCGACUUCAAGAUUACGAUGGAAACUGGAGACGAUCUUUUCCUGAAUGGCUGGAGUUGAUAGAAAGAGAUGGUCUUUCUGCUCAAAUCAGUCCACGGCAACGAAGGAGCCGCAGCGAUUUGUAUCAGUCAAUGCUUCCACAGAACAUGAGAAGGCAAGUUGUACCCGAUAAUUACUCGGAAGAGGAUGUUCUUUUAUCAGUUCUACACGAAUCACUUAGCAAUGCUUUCCGAGGAAGUACACCGCCUGUCUCAGAGGAUCAUACCAAUUCUCCAGCAGUUCUGGGAGCAGUGAAUGAUUUGCUUACUGGUGCAAUACGACGUCGUCUUCAAAAUGACCCAGACUACGACCCAGCCAGACACCCAGAAAUUGCUCGAGAGUUCGGAAGAGAACCAUAAGCCAUAACCCUGGUGAUAGAAUCCAUGCUCACUGUAAUGUGAUCGUUCACUUGGCUUCGAAAUUUUUCGUUGUGCUUUAUUAAAAUUCCUGUAUUUCUCUAAUUAGUUGCUAUUCGUCGUUGCCUUUUUCCAGGGUGAUAUGUAAUGUUUUAUUGGGCUCUACGUGUACAAAUGUGCACUUGGCGGCUGCUUUUCUGAGCGAUAGAUCUUUGACGACCAUAGAAUGCUCAUGUGAUUCUAUUACUAGUUGUUCAGCGAGUGAUUUAUUGCACGUUUUCAUGUUUCGGUAACCAAAGAUAAUCUUACAGCCUUUGGUAUUUGUUAUAUUGCCCCGUCUCUUAAAAAAUUGUAAAAAUACAAAUGCUUUAUUCGCCGUGUGCUUGUGUUUCAGUGUUAAUGAGCACAAUGUUAUCAA